UACGACCCCGGCACAUAAAACAUAUUUUCAUUAAAUUAUGACUAAAUGAACAUAAGUAAUUUUAAUACUUAGCAACAAAAAUAAAGAAAUAUGAGAUGUUAAAUUCAUUUCCUGUCCGAUCGUUACACAUGAGAGUCUUUAGAUUUAUUUUUCAAGUCGGGUUAGUAAUCCUCUUUUUGCCGGGACAGGUUGCUCAACGUGAAAACCAUCUGCGAGUAUCAGAAAAAUGGGAAUUUUAGAACGAAUAGCUGAAAUUGAGUCCGAGAUGGCCAGGACUCAGAAAAACAAGGCGACGAGCGGUCAUCUUGGUCUCCUCAAAGCCAGACUAGCAAAACUUCGCAGAGAACUCAUCGAGCCUAAAGGUGGGGGUGGAGGAGGGGGAGAGGGUUUUGAUGUUGCCAAAACCGGAGACGCCCGUAUUGGAUUUGUAGGUUUCCCAUCUGUAGGAAAGUCUACUCUACUUAGUAAUCUAGCUGGAGUCUAUUCGGAAGUGGCUGCCUAUGAAUUCACCACCCUAACAACUGUUCCCGGUGUUAUACGAUACAAAGGGGCAAAAAUUCAGUUGCUUGAUCUUCCCGGUAUCAUUGAGGGAGCCAAGGACGGUAAAGGGCGUGGAAAACAGGUCAUUGCAGUUGCUCGGACAUGCUCCCUUAUCUUCAUUGUACUCGACGUCCUGAAACCUCUACAACACAAGAAGCUCAUCGAGCACGAGUUGGAAGGAUUUGGGAUCAGACUCAACCAAUCACCUCCCAACAUUGGAUUCCGUCGGAAAGAAAAAGGCGGAAUAAACCUUCAAACUUUG